AUGAAAGCUUCUACCAAGGAACGGAAGAGAGCGGCCGACCGCGAAGCGCAACGAAUCAACCGUGCUCGAACCAAAGACUACAUUACGCCAACCUUCAGUAUCUUGGUAGUGGACGUCAACGCACCUAGAAACCAUUUCCAAACGCCAUGGAGUUUCACUGCUGCCAGGCUGGUAUACACGCUCGACAUGAUGCGGGCCAAUGAUUCCGAUAACAAGGACCAGAUAGCUGCGGCCCAUUUCUUCUGCGGCGAGCAUGUUGAUACCAGCAAUGAGCUAAAUUCUCCGACCAUCGCGAACGAGAUUUUGUCACAGCUUCUGUCUUCCUUCAAGCAUAUCAACCUUGUUCCCCUUCCGAAGAUGGGCGAAUUCGAUGGGGACGACAUGCAAGCCGUCUGUCAACGGAUUGAAUGCUUCCUAGAUCUUCUGCCAGCGACGGCGGUUGUCUUUUGCAUAAUCGACGGCUUGUCAUAUUACCUCGCUGAGGAGCAGACGCCUGAGCAGGCAAACGAGUUGCUUCGGUGGCUUAUCAAAUUGACACGCCACCAGAAAAAGGCCAGGGAACACUUGGAAGUAUGCACGUGCAAGUUAUUUCUUACUGCGCCGCGGCAGCUUCAAGGAUCGUAUGUCACAGAGUUAAAAGCGGAUGAAGUUCUAAAUGUGCCAAUCAGGCCUCCUAGAACAGGAGGCUUCACGGAAAUGAAAUGGGAAGCUGGAGCGGGUGGCUAA